AUGGCAUCGACUCUGGUAGGAGCUGACAUGUCACAUGUUAUUUGUGAGAAGUACGCCGGUGACGUGAUCAAAUCGUACUCGCCCAAUCUGAUUGUACACCCCUAUUUAUUUGAAACCGAGCAUCUUCCGUCAGGUCACAGCAUACAAAAUGUAGUUGAAAAGGUGUGUUCAGUGUUGGAUCGAAUUCAUGUCGUAGUAAUUGGACCGGGACUAGGCAGAGACAAGACGAUGCUGGAAACAACGGCAGCUAUUAUCCAAGAAGCUAAGAAACGCAAACUGCCCAUUGUCAUUGAUGCUGACGGGUUAUAUCUGAUCCAAAACCAGCCGGAUCUGAUUAAAGGCUACGAAAAGGCCAUUUUGACGCCCAAUGUAGUAGAGUUCCAACGGCUAUGCAAGGCACUGGAGAUCGACGACGCAGGGGGAGACGAUCCGGCGUCUGCACCUAAAGUGUCUAAACUGGCAACGACGUUUGGCGGUCUGACAAUCCUGGAAAAAGGUAAAUUGGACAACAUCUCCAACGGCCAUACCACGAUUUCGAACGAUAUCUCUGGCGGACCCAAGAGAGUCAGCGGACAGGGUGACACCCUUAGCGGGUCAAUAGCAGCCUUUCUAGCCUGGCAACUGGCGUACGAACAGAAACUCUGGGACACUGAGCCUAUCAAAGAAGCUCAAGACUCGCGAGACCUGACUCUCCUUGCGGUCUUUGCAGCCUCAUCCAUCACCCGCACCGCCUCGGCCCUCGCGUACAAAAACCACGGCCGGGCACUCCUCACCUCCGACAUCUCGGAUUCGGUCGGUGCUGCCUUUAAACAAUUGUUCGAAUGA